AUGGCAGCACCAGGCGGAGCAUUUUUCAUCCAGGAAAAGUUGAAGACCCCUGCGCCGCAUCAUGAGAGCUACAAACAACUAUGGGAAACGAAGUGGAAGCAACCCGCGGAAAUGGGCGUCUACCCCUUCAUGUUCAGCACAGCAAAAGACUUUGAACCCGUCGUGGAAGAAUUAGUCCACCGCGACUUCAAAGAGCCCUACAACUGGGAUGAGUACGCAAAAGUAUACUUCCCCCAGGCCGAAAGCCUCAAGAAGAUCGCGCAAGAAGCAGAAAGCAAAGGCGAAAUAGAAAAAGCGUCAGAGUAUUACCUGCGAUCUUCCGCCGUAUACCGCAUUUCGCGUUUCCCUGCACCACGCUCAGAUGUACAAAGAGAAGCAUGGAAACUAGGAAAGGAAGUAUGUCUAAAAGGCCUCUCCCUACGCCCCCAUCCCGUGAAAGAAGUUUUGAUUCCGCAUACGCAUCGCAACAGCGAUGAGGGCGAGCACAUCCCGGUGUAUCACUUGCUCCCUGAGCAUGCCUCUAAGGAAACACCCGUGCCAACGUUAAUCAUCUUUACCGGCCUGGAUGGGUACCGAACAGAACUCGCCGUCUGGAUGGAAGGCUGGCGCCAAAUAGGCGUAGCAACCAUCGUCCUCGAAAUCCCCGGCACAGGCGACUGUCCCGCAAACGCAUCGGAUCCUACAUCGCCCGACCGCCUAUACAGCUCCCUCUUCUCCUGGAUCGAUUCCCAAGACAGCCUGGACAAGAGUAAGGUAGCCAUCUGGGCCUUCAGCACAGGCGGAUACUACGCUAUCCGCGUCGCGCACACACAUGCUGAGAAACUAGCCGGCGUAGUCGCCCUAGGAGGCGGGUGCCAUCACAUGUUUGACAAAGCGUGGCUGGACAACGUCAACCAUCUCGAAUACCCGUUCGAUCUCGCGAAUACGCUGGCGCAUAAGUGGGGCUAUGGCGAUGACGUCCAAGCGUUCAAGCGCGAGGCUGCAAGCAAGUUCAGCUUACUGAAUGACGGCACGCUGGAUCGGAACGAGUGCGCGCGCCUGCUACUGGUGAAUGGGACGGACGAUGAGAUUUUCCCUAUAGAUGAUUACUAUCUUGCGCUGCAGCAUGGUGCGCCGAAGGAAGCGCGGUUUGUUACCGGCGUCAAGCAUAUGGGGGAGCCGAUGAGUUUCUUUAUUAUUUUGAAGUGGCUGUAUCAGUUGUUUGGGAUUAAGGCGGAUCCAGUCAAGCAGAUGCAGACGUUGCCAUUCAAGCCUAAGUAUUGA